AUGGAUAAUUAUAAUGGAACUUCAACAAAUAUGAAUUCAUUUAAAGCAACAAAUCUUCUUAAUUUAAUUAAAACCAAAUUUAUCAACAGUAUGCCUCUCAAAAAGCAUCGAUGUUAUCUAAAAAUAUAUGAUGAUUCAUUUACAGGAAAAGAAGCUGUAAAUUUUAUGCUUGAAAUAUUACCUUCGAUUGUUUCAAAAAAAGUUGUAUUGACUAGAAGUAAUUGUGAACAAUUGUUAAAUUUUUUGAUGAGUAGAAAUAUUUUUUAUAAUGUUCGUAAAGAACUUGAUACAAAGUUUAAAGAUGAUUUUAGUAUUUACAAAUUUUAUGAUAAUUAUUCUGAAACAGUAAUUCCUGUUAAAAGAUCAUACUCUGUAAAUGAUGGUAAAAUACCAUUUUUCAAUAAGAAACCUUCAAAAUCUAUUAGUGAAAAUUCUGAAACAUCAACAAAAAGAUCAUUAUCUACUUAUGAUUUCCCUGAGUUUGCCACCACAAACAUAAAACUUAUAAAAUUUUUUGGUUUGAAUGAAGAAAUUAGUAAUGAAUCUAAAAAUGUUGAACAAAAAAGAAAUUCUAUUCCAGAAAAAUCAUUUAAUACAACUGAUAAUGUUAAUAAACGACUUUCUUUCAAUGAAUUUUCAAUUAAUAAACAAUUUAAUUCUUGUGGUGAAGAUACAUGUACAUUUCCAAAGUAUGGUUUUGAAGAAAUAUCAAGUAUUAAUAUAACAUCAUGGAAAUAUUGUAUUACAUCUUUUAUUCAACAAAAUUAUUAUGGAAAAGAAAUAUUUAAAUUACUAGAUAUAGAGGAUGAUCUUGUAGCAUGGAAUUGUGAAAAAAUUGGUUCAAAAGGAAUUGUUAAAUGUUUUAGAGAACGUGAAGAAAUUUCAAGUCAUUUAUUAAGAAUGAUGAGAUUUUUGGCUAAAUAUCCAAAUGAUUCAAAUAAUAUUAUUGAGUAUGACAAACAAUAUUAUGGUAUUGAACUUGAUACAUAUAGAAAUAUCUUAUCGGAAAUUUCUAGAAAAGGUAUAAUAUUACCUGCUGUUUUUGGGAAUAUUUUAGUUGAUAUAUUUUCAUUAAAUUCAAUGACCAAACAUAAAAAUGAUUUUUCUCCAAUUAUUAAAAAAAUUAAAGAAACUCAAUUAACCAAAUUUUUUAACAGGACAUCAAAUAAAUCUGUUAAUUUUGGAGUUUUUAGUAAAAAUCAAAAUAGAUCAAGUUUUCAUAAUUUUGAAAAGAAAAAUAAAAUAGGUUCUAUCAAUGAUGAGACGGAAACAAUUUAUGAGAAAGAGGAUGAUGCAAAAUUAGAUAAAUAUACUUAUAUUCAAUUUGUAAGAAACUCACCUUCAUUUAUCAAUAGAAAAAAUAAUUCUCCAGAUUCAUCAUUAAAAAAAAAAGAAGAAAUUUUUAAUUCUCCAAAAAAAAGAAUGAUAACUGAUGACUUAAAAAAAGAACUUUACUCUUAUGUUCUUCUUCUUCUUCCACCACCAAUUCGAAGGAAACUUCAUAUAAUUUUAAGAUUUAUGAAAAGAAUCUCUGAAAAUAACAAUAUAAAACUAAGUCAAAAAAAUUCAAAUAAAGUGGCUGUCUUAAAAACAAUGACUCCAUUGUUAAUUACAACAAAAAAUCAGGCAAACUUUUAUUUUUUAUCUAGUGUAGUGGAAUAUUUGAUGGAUAAUGAGACAGAACUUUUCAAAAUACCGGAUAAGUUAAUAAAUGAUCGCAAUGUCAUUAUUAGUGAUAGUAAAUUAAAAAUUUCUUAUUAA